UAGAUUUUGAGAACCCGACCCAGAAGCGUCCAGAGGGAACAAAACCCUCUCUGGGUUCCUUUGGAAACUUUUGUAUCUUUUUCUCUCGCCUCCCUACCUCUCCAAGGCAGCUGUUGGAAGACGUGCCACUGCAAGAAUAAAUGUUUCAGGCUGCGCAAUCUGAGUCUGGACAAGACGCCAGUACUAUGUCUCAACAGCUUCUCUACCGGGCUUUGGUGUCUGCAAAGUGGGUCUCUGAAGCCAUCAAAACUUCUCAACCUGGAUUGGCUGUACGGCUCCUGGAUGCUUCCUGGUACCUCCCAAAAAUGAAGCGCAACCCUCGGACUGAGUUUGAGGAGCGCCACAUCCCUGGAGCUGCCUUCUUCGACAUUGACCAGUGCAGCGAUCGCACUUCACCAUACGAUCACAUGCUGCCCAGCACAGCGGAGUUUGCAGAGUAUGUGGGCAAGCUAGGUGUGGGCAGUGAUUCCCAUGUAGUGGUGUACGAUGCAAGUGACCAGGGUUUGUUCUCUGCCCCUCGUGUCUGGUGGAUGUUCCGAGCCUUCGGGCAUGAUGCUGUUUCUCUUUUGGACGGUGGGCUGAAGAACUGGAUGCGGGAGGGGUUUCCAGUUACAUCCCAAAAGAGCAGACCUGUGCCUGCCGAUUUCCAUGCCACUCUGGACAGAUCAUUUGUCAAGACUCAUGAGGACAUUAAGGAAAACAUAGAAUCAUGCCGCUUCCAGGUUGUGGAUGCACGAGCGGCAGGCCGGUUCCAAGGGAUAGAGGAGGAGCCCCGGGAAGGAAUUGAACCUGGCCACAUCCCUGGCACGGUGAACAUCCCAUUCACUGAAUUCCUUUCUGAGACUGGCAUGGAGAAGAGUCCGGAGGACAUCCACAGAUUAUUUCAGGAAAGGGGUGUGGAUCUCAAGAAGCCCCUUGUGGCCACUUGUGGUUCAGGAGUCACUGCUUGCCAUGUGGCACUGGGAGCAUAUCUCUGUGGCAAGCCUGACGUGUCCAUUUAUGAUGGAGCUUGGGUGGAGUGGUUCAUGCGGGCACAGCCAGAACACAUCAUCUCAGAGAGAAGGUGGAAGAACCUGUGAGGGCAGCCUCCUGCCUCAGAAGCAGUGCCUGGUAACAGAGUGGAAAUAUGUUAUUGUGGUCCAGUGAAGCGCCUUUACCAGUGAAUCUGUUGACAUUGGGGUGUGUGUGGUCCUUUGCAUACCUCCUUUGCUUGGCAUAAGUGAUGUCUUUUCUUCUCUCUCUCCAGUAGUUUGUUAUUGGGUUGGGGGAAAGUGCACUUAUUGGGUUGGGGGAAAGUGAGUCAUGGGAUGGUGGACGAAAUUUCAAAUAGAACGUUGAAUCAAGAAGUCCAGCCACAUUGGGUGUACACAAAAAAGGGUUGGGGAUGAGAUUAAUCUUGUGUUUGGCCAGGUUGUGUCAUUCUUCUGUCGUCUUAAUAACAAUGUUUUUCUUCAAAAACUGAAA